AUGAACAAGAUCAAACUCCACAUCGAAAGUGACAACUUCACGGAUGAGAGCCACCGAACCCCAGUUCGUGCUCUUCCUUCAACAUGGUACACCUCUCCAGAAAUGUUUGAGCUCGAGAGGCGCGCCAUCUUCUCCAAGAAAUGGCUUCUCGUCACACACCAGAACAGACUUGCCAAGGCUGGUGACUGGCUCAAGUUCAACACGACAGGAUAUGAGUUUGUCGUCGCUCGUGAUCGAAAGGGCAACUUGAAUGCCUUCCACAACGUCUGUCGCCACCGGGCCUUCCCAGUCGUCCAGGGUGGAACUUCAGGAAACUCGUCGAUCUUUGCCUGCAAGUACCACGGCUGGUCUUAUGGUCUGAGCGGUAACCUCGCAAAGGCUCCCAACUACGACGUGCUUGACGGAUUCGACAAGAGCCAGAAUGGUCUUUUCAAGAUUCAUCUCAAACUCGAUGCAUAUGGCUUUGUCUGGGUCAACCUCGACAGUUCCGAUAACCCAGAGCCUUGGACAAACUAUUUCGAUGGGAUCGACCAGCAGGAGAGACUGUCCAAGGUCAACUUUGAGGACUAUGUUCUUGACAACGAGUAUGGCAUGGAUGGCAACUACAACUGGAAGAUUCUCGCAGACAACUUCAACGAGUGCUAUCACUGUCCCACAACGCAUCCCGAUUUGCCAACACUUGCCGACCUUGGAAAGAUGAAGUGUGAUACCGACAAGGCAUGGAUCAAGCACUCGAGUGUUCAGACAGAGGAGCAGAAGAAGGCCGGCCUCCAACUCGCAAGCACGUAUUUCUACCCCAACGCCUCGGUAGUCGUUCUACCUCAUUUCAUGAUGAUCCAACGCUUUGUUCCCACAUCGGCAUCACACUCAUCGAUGCACUAUCAAAUCUUCCGCAACAGGACUUCAUCCGACGAAGACUUCCAUUUAAUUGCGGACAUGUACGCUCGAGUUGUCUCUGAGGAUAAGGACCUUUGCAUUGGCGCGCAGCGAAACUUGGAAGCCGGUGUUUUCAUCAGUGGCGAGCUUCAUCCUCGCCUUGAACACGGUCCUCUGUCAUUCCAGGAUGGACAUCGAGACGCCAUUCAUGCUCAUGUCAAGCUUGAGAGGGAGGCUGGAAAGCAAAUUUGGCCGGCUCGACAAAAGUUGCCUGAUACGGAGGGCGCCAAGAAGAACAUGGAGGACGAGGAGCUUUGUUCGAGUUUGUCUUGUGGAGGGCUUCAGGAAGUUUUAGCAUGGUAA